UGUCCGGGUCAGAGAUCACGUGGGGGGCCCCGCCGACGUCGCUGAAGGGGUGUGGUCACCGCGAGAGUUCCACUUGCUGCGAGGGGUCCGUCAUCGCCUGUUCGUGCACGCAUGGCAGAGAUGUUUUCAUAUGAAGAAGCACAGUGGAAUUGUGCGUGCAGCUGCCGGAUGAACUAACUCCAAUGUAAACCAGAGAAAUCAUUAUGUUAUUCAAAGAAUGACAGAGGUCCUGAAUUAACUGAAUUGCAUGUCAAUUUUCAAGUUUCAUAGUUCUUUAAAAAUAUGUCACAACAAACAGGAGCAGCAUCUCAAAACUUGGAUGUAAAACCUAAAGUUAACCAAAUGAGAAGUGUUGAUCGUAGGGACGGUUAUACGUGGAGUGGGAAGAAGCAUUCACGUCCUUCCAAAAUGGAGACUACUUUGGAUCGAAAAGUGGAGUCUGUUACUGGGAUAUCAUCAACUGCUUCAAGAAGGGAGAGAAAAUUGGGCUGUCUUGGACAUGAGCCGAAUCCUGAAGAUUCACGUUCACGCAUGCUCUCCAGUCGGUCACUGAAGCAAAAGAUUCAGGAUGCAGUAGCUCAGUGUUUUCCUCUUAAGGUCCAUAACCAUAAAAGCUCUGCUCUAAGUUCUAAAAGUAAAAUCCACAUUAGUGAUCUGCUGGUUGAUAAUUGUCAAUUUCCUAAUGGCUCUGACCUGGCUCAAAAAUGGCACUUGAUUAAUUGGCAUACGAUUCCAUUUACUGAAAGCUGUGCAGUCUGGGAAGGCUCCGAGGUGGAAUUUGAUGAACACAAGUUAGAAGAAGGAUCCAGAAUGAGUAUUGAACUGGAGGCAAACCCUCCAGAUGCACAAAUUGUCUCACUUGAAGUGAUUUCUCAGACUAAUACUUUACAUAAACAGAACUCUGAAGUGGAGCAAAGAACAAAUGAAUUAGCAUGUGAAAAUAGCACAACAUUUCCUUUGAAUGAUUCAGACUCUGAAGAGGAGUUGAUGGCUCUUUUCACAGAUUCUGAAAAUCAGAAUACUAUCAAACUGGAUUUUGAGAAUAAUUGCAGUUGGCUAGCACCCUUUUACAAACAUCAUGCCGAGUUUGGCUAUAUCUACCGCUUAGUUCCAGAUCUAUUUUGGAUCAGUAAUAAUCCAUGUUACUGGGGUGUAAUGGAUAGGUAUGGAGCUGAGGCUCUUUUAGAAGGCAAACCAGAAGGAACAUAUUUGCUCAGAGACUCUGCUCAAGAGGACUAUCUCUUCUCUGUCAGUUUUAGACGUUACAGCCGCUCUCUCCAUGCUAGAAUUGAACAGUGGAAUCAUAACUUCAGCUUUGAUGCCCAUGAUCCUUGUGUUUUUCAUGCACCAAGUGUAACUGGCCUUUUGGAACAUUAUAGAGACCCAAAUUCUUGUAUGUUCUUUGAACCAUUGUUGUCACUUCCAUUGAACAGGACUUUUCCAUUUUCACUUCAGCGCCUUUGCAGAGCUGUAAUUUGCAGCUCUACAACCUAUGAAGGAAUUGAUGCUCUUCCUGUGCCACCACCAUUGAAAGCCUACUUGAAGGAAUACCAUUAUAAACAAAAAAUAAGAGUGCUGAAGAUCAGUGCACAACAAUGGUGUGGUGGACUAAAAAGCAAUCAGUAAGUUAAGAGCUGCAAGGAAAGAGAGAUUCUUAAAGACCACCAGGAACAUUUCUAUGCCAUAGAGCAAGUUAAAUAUUUGUCUUAAACAGACAUUUUCUAGCACAACAUUUUGUCAUGCUAUAGUUUUUGUUUGAAGUCUGCUAAUUUUCAAAUAUUAUUUUCUACCUUAUUCGGGUAUUCCAGAUUAAUUUUAUUAUAUUCAUCAGUGCAAUUUAAACCAAUACAAUUUUUCCAAUGGGAUGAAUCAUUUGCGCAUGUUAUCUGUAGGUUGUGACCCUUAUUUAACCACAAAGCACUCUUACAAUGUGUUAAAGUGGAUUUUAAAGACUGAAAGAGUUCAGUUCUGAAGCCAAGAUCUUCGAUAUAAAACCUACUUUUAAUCACUCUUGAAAACAUUUCACACAUAUCUUGCAAUUUUAUUUGCACUUUUUUGUACUCUUUCAAAGAUGUUUGUUAACCUUUAAUUUUCUGAGUUAUAUGAAGCUUUAAGUAUGUAACAUUAAUUGUUGCAAUGUAUGUUUUAAAAUUAAUUUUACAUGAGUAAAAUC